AUGCCUUUAGUGGAAAAACUUGACAACACAAAAGAAGAAGAAGAAGAUGAUGAUGAUUCACCUGUUUAUCUACCUUACGAUUUACGCCUCAAGGAGCCUCAUGCAGGAGUUUCAGGAAUCGUAGGUGGCAGCUUGGCAGCUUGGAUUACAGGACGAGACGUGUUGGUUAAUGGCAAGAAGAGGAGUCCUAUAAGCGCAGAUGUGUUUGGUUCUGCUUGUUAUACGUUUCAGAAAGGGAAGUUUAGUAAGCUGUAUGGUGAUCUAACAAGAGUAGAUGCUCGUGUAGACGUUUCCUCAGCUUCUGCUCUUGCUAAAAGAAUCUUCCAUGCAAUCAGAAGAUCUUCAAAGAAAACAGAAGACACAUCUGGUUCUCCCAGGCUCAACAUGAUAUUCCAGCAACAGGUUGCAGGUCCAAUUGUUUUCAAAGUGGACUCACAGUUUCAGGUAGGUGCAGGGAAGUAUGGUGCACAAAUGGAAGAUUUGAUUUACAGUUUGAACUACUCCUUGAGGCUUCUUGAAUCUGGAAAAGUCGUGGCUUGGUACUCCCCAAAGAGAAAAGAAGGCAUGGUCGAGCUUCAAGUUUAUGAGUUUUAA